AAAUAGACAGUCUCUUCUCUGUCAAAUGUCAAUUUACCCAUGACAAGAUUGUCACACUUUUGUCAAAAAAGAAAUGAGGAUAGAAUAGUGGUCAGUCAUCUUUAGUAGUAACCUUAAUUUAUUAUGUACUUUUCACUUAUAUGUUAAUAAUUAAAUAACUGUUGUAUCGACCAUUUUAUACAGGUACUUGAAAAUGUCUAACAAAGUUCAAAAUCGGCGAUCAAAAUGGAAUCUUGAUUCUGUCAGAAUAACUCGUGUAUCCACCGAACCGUUAGCUUCACCUCCAGGCUACAGCUCAUCUACCAUCGGUUCUAACAGUGAAGUGUCUAAAAAGACUGACGUGUCUAGAUUAAUAACAAAGAAAUCAUGGGACUUAGCUCUAGCCCCCAUGAAACAAGUACCUAUGAACCUUUUUAUAAUGUACAUGGCCGGGAAUUCCAUAUCAAUCUUCCCCAUCAUGAUGGUCGGAAUGUUGUUGAUGAGACCUUUACAAGCAAUUUGGUCUACUAAGGCUACUUUUAAGAUGAUGGAAACAUCUAACGCCAUUCUACAAAUGAUUGUGUAUGUGUUAGGUAACUUCGUAAACAUAGGUUUAGCUCUGUAUAAAUGUCACAGUAUGGGGCUGUUGCCCACUUACGCCAGCGAUUGGUUGGCUUUUGUAGAGCCCCCAAUCCGACUUGAAUAUUUGGGUGGAGGAAUACAACUAUAUUAAUUGUAAUAUUUUUUAUUUAUAAUAGGUGUAGUUCUUAAAAUUAAUAAAAACAUGUAAUUAAGCUUA